AUGUCUGAAACUGCGGGUUCAUGUGGCACGACCAAUCUGGUGGUUCCAAUAGGAACUGAUAAUGGGAGUAAUGAGCCGCCGCCUCCUCAAUCUGCUCCUCCAACCCCUCGAAUGUCAGUUGCAAAUGAAUUAAAUAGUUCGGGAGCUCUAGAGUUUAAAGGAGAGGUCAGUGAGGGUAUGGUAGCAGCAGAUUUAUGGUUAAGUGAUGUCAUAUUGGAUGGAUUUCACUACACGAAUCAAGUGAAAUUGGAUGGAGCCAUGUCAUUGCUUAGAGGCCAAGCUCGACUGAAUAAUUAUGCAGCAUAUAUCAAGUCCUACCAGCAAAGGGAGGAUUUCUAUUACAUGGAUGAAGAUUUCGUAGAUGAUAUGGAUGAAGACAACUAUGAUGGAGCUGGUGGAGAUGUGGAUGCUGAUGAAUAUGACAUGCUGACCAAGGUGAUCGAUACAUCUUCUGUGCAAGGGAGGAAGGGGAAAGACAUUCAGGGGAUUCCAUGGGAAAGACUAAACAUAACGAGAGAAAAAUAUAGGCUAACAAGGCUUGAACAGUAUAAGAACUAUGAGAAUAUACCGGCUUCCAGUGACGCUGUUGACAAGGAAUGCAAACAGGUAGAAAAGGGUGGGAACUACUAUGAAUUCUUCUAUAAUACUAGAUCGGUUAAACGUACAAUACGCCAUUUUCAGCUCAGAAACUUGGUUUGGGCUACUUCAAAGCAUGAUGUUUACCUUAUGUCCAAUUAUUCGGUUACGCAUUGGUCAUCAUUGUCGUGCAAUCUGUCUGAGAUCCUUAAUUUUGCUGGGCAUGUGGCACCUACUGAGAAACAUCCCGGAAGUUUAUUAGAAGGUUUUACACAAACUCAAAUAAGCACUCUAGCUGCCAAGGACAAUUUUAUGGUUGCGGGAGGUUUUCAAGGGGAGCUUACUUUUAAGCACUUGGACAGAAAAGGAGUAACCUUCUGUACCAGGACAACCUAUGAUGACAAUGCAAUUACAAAUGCUAUCGAUAUAUAUGACAGCUUGAGGGGUGGAAUUAAUUUCAUGGCCUCAAAUAACGACUGUAGUUUGAGAGAAUAUGAUACUGAGAGAUUUCAACUUUUAAAUAAUUUCCAGUUCCCUUGGCCAGUAAAUCAUGCAUCCAUCAGCCCCGAUCAAAGGCUUAUUGCUGUUGUUGGAGAUCACAUGGAUGGGUUGCUUGUCGAUGCGCAAAAUGGAAAGACAGUAGCCACGGCGGUAGGUCAUCGAGAUUACUCCUUUGCAUCGGCAUGGCACCCUAAUGGAUACAUAUUUGCCACGGGAAAUCAAGACAAGACGUGCCGAGUGUGGGACAUAAGAAACCUCUCUAUCCCAAUUACAGCCCUCAAAGGAAACUUGGGUGCAGUGCCGUCAAUCCGGUUUUCUUCGGACGGCCAGUUCAUGGUAGUUGCUGAACCAGCGGAUUUCGUCCAUGUUUAUAAUACAAGGUCGGGUUUCCAGGAACGACAAGAGAAUGACUUCUUUGGUGAGAUUUCGGGGGUAACUUUGAGUCCAGAUGAUGAGACUUUGUAUAUAGGAAUAUGGGAUAGAACUUAUGCUAGUUUGUUGCAGUACAACAGAAGACAUACCUAUGGCUACUUAGAUUCUUACCUGUGAUUGUCGUUUAUGAUGAUGUAUGGUGGAUGAUAAAUGUUUAAACAGU